AUGACAACGACGGAGGAAAUUGUCAAAAGGUCGCCAAUAUCUGUUCGUAAUAACGACUCGGUAGACCAUUUACGGUUAUCGGAAGCAAACGAAAAAGAGGACGUUACAUCAAGAGUUAACUUAGAGACAUCGAUAGGAAAGAAGAAUGAGGGCGACCUGUCUAUUGAACCCUUAACAGUAUCUUUGGGCAGUGAAGCUGAAUCUAAGCCUAGACCCAUACCAUUAUCAAAAAUAACAAGAAGGCUCUCUGGGGAAAAUUUAAAGGAGACUACGCCCCUUGUUCAUUCUGGAGUUAAUAAAUGCUCAGUGCCAUAUGGGACAUUCAACCCGAUCGCAAAUCCUCUCGAGACCAGGUCUUCAAAAAACUUUGAGAAACGAUCACCUAUCGAUAGUCGCAGCCACCGGCCGCGUCUGCAUCCGCACCCCGUAGUACCCUCAAUAGAUAGAAGCAAGAAAGGCUAUUCUUAUGAAGAAAAUGACUUCUCUGGACCUCAGGUAAAUGGAGUUGGUUGCUUGAGCAGUGUGACGCAGAACCUUUGUAAAUUCGGAAAGGAGCCAGCGGCACCCGAACAUCCAAUUCAGGAAAUAAAACCCCCGAGAGAGAUUCAGUUGUGA